AUGUUAAACUCUACAAGUUUCUUUAAUCAUGUUUCAUAUUUCACACUUGCUGCAUAUUUUGACAUCGGUCUUAUGAAAUAUUUAGUUUUCAUGGUGUUGAUGUCUUUAUAUAUUGUUAUUAUCAGUGCCAAUGUCUUACUCAUUGUGGUUAUCUGCAUGAACAGAAGUUUACAUGAACCUAUGUACAUCUUUCUGUGCAGCCUGUUUAUGAAUGAACUGUAUGGUAGUACAGGGUUGUUUCCAUUCCUUCUGAUUCAGAUUCUCUCUGACAUUCACACUGUUUCUGCUUCAUUUUGUUUCCUGCAGGUUUUCUGUAUUUACACUUAUGCAGGUGUAGAAUUUGUGAAUUUAGCCGUUAUGUCUUAUGACAGAUAUCUUGCCAUCUGUCAUCCUCUACAUUAUAACACAUGUAUGACAUUUAAAAAGGUUGCCAUGCUCACUGCUCUAACAUGGUUAUUGCCUUUUCUUCUAGUUGUUUGUACAACACGUUUGAGUGGCACAUUACAGCUGUGUGGGAACAUCAUUAACAAAGUUUACUGUGACAAUUACUCUAUUGUCAAACUGGCCUGCUCUGACACCACAGUCAUUAACAUCUAUGGGCUGAUUAGCACUUCUCUUGCAUUAUUCGGGCCUCUCAUUUUAAUUCUCUACACGUACAUAAAGAUCCUUAAAGUCUGUUUCUCUGGUUCUAAACAGACCAGACAGAAAGCUGUCAGUACCUGCACACCUCACCUCGCUUCUCUGCUCAACUUCUCUGUUGGAGCUUGCUUUGAAGUCUUACAAAAUAGAUUUAACAUGAACAAUGUGCCCAAUAUAUUGAGAAUUUUCUUGUCAUUAUACUGGCUUACAUGCCAGCCUCUCUUUAACCCUGUACUAUAUGGACUGAAGAUGUGUAAGAUCCGUACCAUAUGUAAAAGUUUGUUUGGUUGUAGAGUGUAG